AUGUUCGCGAUACAGCCGGACCAGCAGUAUCCGGUAAAGCUUGACCAAAACGACAUCGCCGACAUUCAACGUUUGUACGGUGAAAAAAGUACGAACGAGUUCCCGCGUCGGACGCCGGCGCCGCCGCCGCCGCCGCCAUCGCCGGACCUGUGCAGCCUCGAUCGCGUGAACGGGAUAUUGAUUUUGGAAAACCAAAUGUACAUCUCGUACAAGCGUUACGUUUGGUCGAUCAAUCUGGACGGUAGGACGUACAACGGACCUUUAGCCUUUCGAAUCACAUGA